UGUUGGCUUUCCUUCUCUCUCUCUCGUCUCCUCAGCUUCUCUCCUCGGUGCAAUAGUCGUAGAUUGAUCUCCUUCUUGUCGCGGCUUCGAGUUGAGCUACUGUGAUGAUGGGAUCCACAGAGAGGAAAGAGCCUAAGGCUAGAGCACGAGUGGAGGAGGUUCUCAGGGCCCUCAAGAAACAAGCUCCUCUCACAGCGGAACAGGAGAGGUUCUGUAGCGACGCGUGCGUGGAUCGGUUCCUGCGAGCUAAGGGAGAUAGCGUGAAGAAGGCGGCCAAGCAUCUUAGGACCGUCCUCUCGUGGAGGGAGAGCAUCGGAACAGAGCUUUUGCUAGCGGACGAGUUCUCUGCGGAGCUGGGCGACGGGAUGGCGUAUGUGGCAGGUCACGACGACGAGGCCAGACCAGUCUUGGUCUUCCGCAUCAAGCAGGACGACCUCAAACUUCGUUCUCACAAGUCAUUUGUCCGCUUGUUGGUGUUCACUCUGGAAGUGGCCAUCUCAACCGUGGCCAGAUUCGUAGAUCAGUUGGUGCUUCUCUUCGAUGCCAGCUUUUUUAGGUCCCCGAAGGCUUUCCUCAACUUGUUCGCGGGUACGCUGAAGAUUAUCUCGGACUACUACCCGGGGCGGCUCCACAAGGCUUUCGUGAUCGAUCCCCCCUCCCUCUUUUCGUGUCUUUGGAAGGGCGUCCGGCCGUUCAUCGACCUUUCGGCGGUAACGGCGGUGGUGUCGUCGCUGGACUUCGAGGACUCGCUCGAGGACGCCGCCUUGGCGUCGCACCCGAGGACGACCUCCCUCCGUUUCCACCCGUCCGCCGCCGCCUCAGCCGCCAAAGUCGGCGGCUCCACGUCGUCACGGUUCUCCGUCACCGUCUCCCACCUCAACUCGCUCAAGCCGUGGUACCUGAGCACGACCACCACCAGCAGCGUCGUGGUGCCCACCGCCAGUCCCUCCCUCAUCGGCGCCUCCCCGCUCAGCGCCCGGUCAUUCUCCUUUGCCUCCCCAGCCGCGCGGUCCACGCCCCGCGUCGGCAUCAGCGCCGGUGCGGCCAUCACCCGGAGCAUACCGUCCACUCCAUCGUCGGCCGCGCCAACCAGACCACCGCCGCAGCAGCAGCAUCCGAGGACGCCGAUGCCGUCCUUCCUGCAGUCCCCUGCGACGCUCUUCUCGUUCAAGAAGGAGAGGCAGCUCAGCCGAGUGGAGAGGGAGAGGGAGUCGUUCCUGCCGUUCCUGAGGUUCUACCGGCGGCCGUACGACGAGACAGCGUACCGUGCCAAGAUGCGGCCGCCCCACGGCGGCCUCGUCUCCAUCGUCUCCCUCCACGAUCAACCCAACAAAAGGCGCAACAAGAUCCAAUCUUUUCCCGUUCCCAGCUCGCAACACCGGCAUUAACACUCCUAAACCGGAUCAAAAUAAGCAACUUUAUGAUAUCAAGAAUAAAAAUCGGUUUCCCAUGCACUUGCAUGACUCACUCAGACCGCAAGAAUGCCGGGUAGUGUUGGCGGUGUGCCUAAACGGCGUGCCUCGGAGGGCUUCCGAAGGACGAGGUCGGUGUGCUUCGUGCGGUGGCGCGAAAGACGGCAAUGCCGUGGUCGCCACGGUGGUCAGUGAUUCCACACCGCAUCUCAGUGGCUGUUCGACAACAACGGCAUCAAGUUCAAACCAUGUCUUCAUCUCGCCUCGGUUUCAGGCAGGAGGAGGCUACCGAUGCCAAGAAAUGGGAAUGUGUGUCGCUGUCUA